AUGUGCCUUUUUUUUUGGCAGCUGGAUUUGGUGAGCAUCUAUUCUGCGGAAGAAUUAAUCACCGUGCCGUCGGAUGUACACGAAGAUGCUCUCCUGCCAAAGUGUCUCUGCGUUUCAGGGUGUUCUCAAGGCCUUUUUUCUCUGUCACACACCAUCAUCAUCGCUUCCUCUGUCCCUUCCAAUCUUCUUGUGUUAUCUCAGAUCUGCUUCUUAUCGGUUCCUCAUCCCACCUGCUCGUGCUUUACGCUUAAUUCUCUCUCCAUUUCUCUCUUUAAAAGCUUCUUUUCACUCCCAACGUGUUCAAACCCGCAGAGGAUCGUUGCGCCGACACGAUGGAAGCCGCUUGCCGUACCUCGUUUCUGUCCUUCCUGGACAACUGGAUGCUGCUGUUUAUCACCAUGGCUUUCGGCUUCUACUGGUGCAAGAUGA